GGAUUGGGGGCGUAGGGCUCACAACAUGGUAUAUAAUCGCUUUUCAGAUUGGGUUUGGGAUCAAUCGGUUUAGCCCAACCUGGCCCGAUCUGACCUCUAAUCCCAACUUAAACAACCCAUAUAAUCUUAAUUGUAGACUGUUGGUUUCAUUCAUCUAAAACGUCCAUUUCUUUAUGAGCGUGUCCCCCACUUGAUCAAUUGAUAGAUUAAGCAAAAUUCAAGUGGGAAAUAGGGAACUUAUCAAUUUUCGGGCUGGGCUGUGUCCAACCAUUUUGGGCACGGCUUGUUAUGUUAGGCCCAUGCCGAACUUGGGUCGGGCUAAGGCUUUAGGGCGAAGCCUAUCAUGGUCCGACCCAUUGCCACUCCCAAAUUUCAGUCCUUUGGCGGGAAAGACCGGCCUGCGUGCUAGGUUAGCAUGCCGCGAGAACUGAUCACCUACAAGCGUCUGCACGGAACUCAUUCCCACCGAAGUUUCACAUGUUUAGGACAUCUGAACCAUGACAUAGGAUGGGCCCCACCGUUACAAUCAUCCGUCUUGAUUAUCAGGCCAGUUUACACAUUAGGUGGCUGCUCUUGAUUAUCAUCGAUCUAAACCAUUGGUUAUGCAUUGAUUUUGAUCUUCACGUGGGUCCUAUCGUUUUGCAUGGCUCCGGCGUCCAUAAUCUAAGAAGUUUCUUUAAACGUGCAAGAGGAGAGGAGAGGAAACAUGCAAAAACACAAAAAUUCCCACUCAUAUCUAUAGUAUGUCCAUGACUAGCAGCAGCCCAAAUGCAACAAGAAAACUCUUUUGUAAAAACCCAACUCACAUGCUCCUGGAUUCUUGCAAGAGCAUGAAAGAGUUCCAACAGAUCCAUGCCCAGAUCAUCAAAGAAGGCCCAUCACCUUCAAACACCUUUGCAACCCUCAAAGCAAUCUUCUUUUGUGCAAUUUCACCUCAGGGAAACAUAGACUAUGCUAAAACCCUCUUCAGGGAGCUGCAAAACCCCAACAUCUUCUCUUUCAAUUCUCUCAUUAGAGGACUAUCCACCACCAAAAACCCACUUCAAGCAAUCCAUCUCUACCGAGAGAUGCUCCACAGAGGCCUUCGCCCGAACAACUUCACGUUCCCCUUUGUGAUAAAAGCCUGCACUGAGUCAUCGGCAACUCAGAUCGGUGUAACAGUCCAUGCCCAUGUCGUUAAAGUCGGCCUGGAAUCGGAUUCAUAUGUUCUGAGUUCUCUGAUUCAUAUGUAUGCUGAUGGGAAGGAUCUGGAAGCUGCCCGUCAGCUGUUUGAUGUGUGCUCUCAGUGGGAUGUGGUUUCUUGGAACUCGAUGAUUGAUGGGUAUGUGAAGUGUGGGGAUUUGGCGGUCGCGCGUUCGGUGUUUGAUCUUAUGGAGUGCAGAGAUGUGGUUUCUUGGAAUACGAUGAUAAAUGGGUAUGCGAUCGUCGGGAAUUUAGUGGAAUCACAGGCGUUGUUCUAUGAGAUGCCUGAGAGAAAUUUGGUUUCUUGGAAUUCUGUGCUGGCAGCGUAUGCAAAGUGUGGGGAUGUUGAAGGGGCGCGUGGAAUUUUUAACGAGAUGCCUCAGAGAGAUGUUGUGUCGUGGAAUGCGAUGUUAGCUUGUUAUGCCCAGAGCGGGAAAUCUAAUGAAGCUUUGGCCCUCUUUGAGGAGAUGCAAGCUGCAAAUGUAAAGCCAACCGAUGCAACGAUUGUUAGCAUGCUAUCAGCUUGCGCUCAUUUAGGAGCAUUGGAUCAAGGGGCACGUCUCCAUGCUUACAUUAAUGACCAUAAGAUUGUGAUUGGCACGAUUCUGGGCACUGCACUUGUAGACAUGUAUGCAAAAUGUGGAAGCAUUGCAUGUGCAACCCAAGUCUUUUAUGAUAUAGAAGAGAAAGAUGUGCUCGCCUGGAAUACAAUCAUCUCCGGCAUGGCCAUGCAUGGCCAUGCAAAUGAAUCACAUCGACUUUUUAAUGAGAUGCAAGAGGUUGGUGUUAGACCAGAUGAUAUGACAUUCGUCGCCGUGCUUAGUGCAUGUAGCCAUGCUGGGAUGGUAGAUGAGGGCCGUCGACUGCUUGGUUGCAUGAGCCGCCGUUACGGGAUCGAACCAAAAGUUGAGCAUUAUGGAUGCAUUAUUGAUCUUCUUGCGCGUGCUGGAUUGUUAGAGGAAGCUGUAGAGCUGAUAGAGACCAUGCCCAUGGAGCCGAAUGCCAAUGCAUGGGGAGCAUUGCUUGGAGGUUGCAGGAUCCAUAAGAACAUAGAUGUCGGCGAGCGUGUCGGGAAACAUCUUCUCGAUCUUCAGCCCCACCACAGCGGCCGAUAUGUCCUCCUCUCAAACAUCUAUGCUGCUUCUGAUCGAUGGGACGAUGCGAGGAAGGUAAGAAAUCUGAUGAAAUCCAAAGGCAUUGCUAAAUUGCCAGGUCUAAGCAUGAUAGAGUUGAAAGGGAUGGUGCACCGGUUUGUAGCCGGUGACAGGUUGCACCCUGAAUCAGACUGCAUCUACAACAAGCUGUCUGAAAUCUCAAAGCAGUUGAAGAUUGCCAUCGGAUAUUCACCUGAUACAAAGCAGGUGUUGUUCGAUAUUGAGGAAGAGGAGAAAGAACACGCUCUAUCUGUGCACAGUGAGAAAUUGGCCAUUGCAUUUGGGCUCAUGCACACAGGGCCGCACGCCACCAUUAGAAUAGUGAAGAACCUUCGAGUAUGCAGCGACUGUCACAAUGUCACAAAGUUGAUUUCGAAGGUUUAUGGCAGGGAAAUCAUCGUGAGGGAUCGAAAUCGCUUCCACCAUUUCACAGAUGGCACAUGUUCUUGUAUGGAUUAUUGGUAGAGUGUUAUUGGAUGAUCCAAACCAUCACAUUGGUGGGCAUCAGAUAGAUGGUACUUAAAAGGAAAAUGGUUUGCAAUCCAAAAUUAACAAUGAACAUCAGAAGAUCAUUUGAUCAGUUUGGCCUUUAGGUUAUGCUUCUUUGACAAUGGGAUCCGGAACCGCUGAGAAAAACAGGCUAAGAGUCAAUGGAUCAAUGCAUCAAAGCUGUCGCUGUUAAAGCAGAUGUUGUUUGCACCCUCCCGAAAAUCACGAGCUGACAGCAACACCACUCAAGAGUAACAUAUGGUCGGUCACCCAAGCUUCUCUCAUGAACCCACCUUCGCAGACCACUCAGAUUGAGCUUGAAUGUUCAUUGGAACUCAUCCACCUAAAUUUGGCCUGAACAGGGAUGACCGAGGUAAGAUCUGCUUCCUAUCAUGGUUUGGUUGAGGAUAAGGUUGUCAUUGGUCUGAGCUUGGGCUCAGUAAAAUCAUGAUUUUGAGUAGACCCGGCCUGAAAAGUUCAAAAGCCUGGCCAAUGACAACCCCAGGCCCGGCCUGUUGAUAGCCCUAGUUGAGGAUGUUGACAAUGGGGGUGUGACUUGAGUUGGGUCAACCCAAACCCAAUUGGCCCAAUCCCUCUUGAGGUUGGGUUGGGUUUAAGGGUUGAGGCCUCAAGCAACCCGAAUCCAACCUAAAUAUGCAGUAGAUACAUAUAAGAGUCAUGACUAAUAUACCAAUAUAUAAACGUGGAAUCAUGGCUUGCAUAGAAAAUAGUGUUCAUGGGUCCUUCCUUACUCAUGCCUCAUUGGUAGACCAGACCCUCGUGAGUUUCAACACCAGGUCAUGGAUUCGAGUACUCACUGUGGUGUGAGUGUGUGGGUUAAUGGCUUGAAUCCCUGAUACAGACUCUAUGCUAUAUAUGGUUUAUUAUUGGAACUGGCUUUGGGCAACAUGCCGAGCUGUCCCUUGUCCUUUGAAUAGUCUCUCUAAAAAUUAGUGAGGUUUUUUCUUUCUU